AUGUUUAGCCUGGAUUCGGAUAGUACGUCACAGGUGGAAGCAGAUGUGGAUUCAAUAUCGGAAAGUACUAUCAAAGGUGAACGUGUUAUUUUUAAGUAUUUACCUGCAUAUUUAUUUGAAGAAAAAUUGAAGGAGCAUGCGUCUUCUAAUGAAUAUAGUAAAUAUUACAAUGGAUUAUAUAAUAUUAGUAAACGUUAUCCUUGGCUUGAAGAUAUAUUUAAGAAACUAAGUAGAAAUAUAACGUUGGUGCAACGAAGUUAUGUUGAGGGAGAUGAUUUCAAUAAGAAGCGGUGCUAUGAUUUAAAUUACUGGUUAUAUAAUGAAGUUUAUAAAAAUCUUCAAUCAUCUGAGAAGGAUCUUAUAUACUUUAAUGAGAUUACUACUGAUCUUAAAAGAGCAUGGAAAAAGAUCGUCGAUGAUGUGUUUAGAAAUGACCAUUAUAAAUGUUAUCCAGAUGAAAAGUUACUUGUUAACAUGGGGUUCUUGCAAGAAAUUAAGGAUUUAUUUGAUUUUUAUGAAGAUUUUAAUGAAAUGAAAAAGGAAAUCGUUGAUGAUACUUAUAAUUCAUGCUUUAAAUAUGUUGAUUACCUUAAACAAAGAAUUCCAGUAUAUUAUGCGUGGAGAGACUCAUGUAAAGUGGAUGAUUUUGCUUGUAAGAGAUACAUCGAUGAUUAUAUGAAAUAUCGACCUGCGGGUAUUGUGUCAGAAUUAAGCUACAUUAGUGUUAUCUUAACUUAUCCUGGUAAUCCUUGUUAUUCAUCCGUUUAUGAUGUAUUUAUAGACGCAAAAGUACAGCCUAAACGUAAUGAUGAUAUAUAUAGGAGAAAAAUGGAAAAACUUGCAAAGGAAAAUCCAAGAGGUAAUUUACUUUUAACUGAUAUGGGAGACGGAUUACGUGAAAGUGAAUUUUUCAUCCCGGGUGAUCAUGAUGUCUAUUGGUACCGUAAAGGGUGGGGCAUAUACAAUCGUAUAACCCACAACAUCACGCUACCUAUGCUUGGUAUAGCGGGAGUGUUCCUAAUUUUGUAUGCUUUUUAUAAGUUUACGCCACUGGGAAAAAUGUUCAAACACACACGUGCAAAAGUAAGGAGAAGAAUUCAACCUAACAUUAACUAUGAUGAUAUUGUGCUAUUAUAUGGAAGUGAAGAAUCUUUGGCGAGCAGUUCUGUCGAUAGCAGUUACAACUUAUCAUACGCGUCUUCAUUAAGUUAA